AUGGACUUUACGAUCUCGCUGGCACACUUCUGCGAGGUCCACGGCCCAACGUCUAUCAUCUGCACCCAAGCCUCGACUGCGCCCUGUGCUUCUUGCAAUCCAUGCGUCACGCCGCCCACGGACGAGCCGCACUCGGCCUACGCCAACUAUGGCCUCUAUGACCAGCCCUCUUCCUUGAAGCUGGGCCGCCUGCCCAAGCUUUCGCCCUUCGAGACCCCGCCCACGAGCCCUCGCUCGCCCUCGCACAACCCCUACUUCCCAAGCUUCUCCUCGUCCGACAGCAGCUUCGGCGGGCGGAGACCCAGCAGCACCUUUGAUUCCGACUCGGACUCAUGCGAGAACUGCCAGAUGAUCGUGCCCAAGAAGUUCUGCGACAAACUCCCCACCGGCGCACCAGGGAGCCCUUCCAAAGACGGGCGCGGACGCAACGGCAGCCCAGUCUUGCGCAGCUCUCAGAACUACCCUGUCCGCGGGCCUUAUCUCGCCGACGAUGCCAGCAGCACGCACUCCUCUGAGCUGUCCGACACGGAGCAAUCCAAGUUCUUCGAGAGCAACGCCAGUUCCUACCCCAACUCUAUCCCCCCUUCGCCGCUCGUCACCUCGAGGAAUAUGCACACACACACCCUGACCUACAUCUCCACCAACCAACCACAAUCGCCCACCACCUACUCUUCCUUGAAGCGCACAUGCAUGCGCACGCUUUCCACAGAGGUUCUUCCACGUGGCAACUCGUCUGGAGCCAUCAUGUUUGGAGACCCCGUAGCCGGCUACACCAUUGCCUACAUCUUCCGUAUCCAAGACUCCAGGGCACGUGGUUCCAUCAAGCACUACGCAUUGAUUGCCAUGGUCGGGCGCGACUGUCGCAAGGCCACCAAAGCUAUGGUCAAGGUCACCGAGGUAUUCCAAGGCAUUGCGAAUCGAAUCGCUGCCCUGGCCGAGAAGGUCGAGCGCGAGACACGGCCUUCGUCUGCCAUUCCCGACACACCUCCUCUCGGUACCUCGGCGUCCUCCAUGCCUCCCAUGUUCACCUCACCGCGGAAAGAGCGACACUUGUCCUCAACUGCCAGCUCGCCCACUACACGCAGCAUAACGCCCGUGUCAUCCUUCCUGUCUGCAAAGAGGAUUGAUCCCGACGGCUUUCCUCGUGUCUCUCGCGACGCAACAAGACCCAAGAGCUUGGCUGAAAUUGUUGGUCAGGAGAACUUCUUCGUCGAACUCCAUCGCGAUUUCUGUCAGCUCUUGCAUUUCCUCAUCAAACAUUUCGCCUGA